AGUAGCUAUGGAAACCUCAAGCUGACAAUAAGGGCAGAUCUGCUCCCAACCAGCUUAGAUAAAGAUGAAAACCAAGAUGCUAUACAGCCAUGGAAGAGAGAAGCUGUUUUGUGGAUAUUGAAGUUCAAGUAUAGCAGAAGAGUUGUGAUGAACUCUGUGAAAACUGACAACCUGAGAGCCAGAUCGAAGUGGGAGACACGUAAUUGUGACGAUGCUCAGCCUAAAGAUGGCAUGUUGGUGCAGUCAGCAAUAAUAUGAUGCCAGCCAUGAGGGGUCUCCUUGCUCCUCAGAAUACAUUCCUAGAUACCAUAGCGACAAGAUUUGAUGGGACGCACAGCAACUUUGUCCUUGGUAAUGCUCAGCUGCCUGUGACCUUCCCAGUGGUGUACUGCUCCGAUGGGUUCUGCGAGCUCACAGGCUUUGCCAGAGCAGAAGUUAUGCAGAGGUCAUGUGCCUGCACUUUUUUAUAUGGACAAGACACUGGGGAACAGAUGAAGCAGUGCAUCCAGAAAGCUUUGCAUGAAAAGCAGGAGCUGAAGAUCGAGUUGAUACUUUACAGGAAAAAUGGUUUCCCUUUCUGGUGCUUGCUGGAUGUUGUGCCUAUCAAGAAUGAAAAAGGGGAGGUGGUUCUGUUCCUGGUGUCCCACAAAGAUAUUACAGACAUUAAGUCCCGGGGAGGGACUGAGAACCGGAAAGAACAAGGGAGCAGAGAGCAAUAUGGACGUGCAACAGGCAAAGGUUUUAACAUAAGCAGAAGACGAAGCAGGGCAGUGCUAUAUCACCUCUCUGGCCAUUUACAGAAACAGAACAGGAACAAAUCCAACCUUGGCAAGGCUGUUUUUGGAGAGAAACCUCGAGUACCAGAGUAUAAAGUAGUGUCUAUGCGUAAAUCACCCUUUAUCCUUCUGCACUAUGGCACCUUCAAGGCAUGCUGGGACUGCUUGAUCCUACUGGCCACCUUGUAUGUGGCAGUGACUGUACCCUACAGUGUCUGUUUCAGCAGUGGUAAAGAGGAAGGGACUUCUGGUCCGCGCAGCCCUCCAAGUACAUGUGACCUCUUGGUGGAAAUCCUCUUUAUUCUAGAUAUAAUUCUGAAUUUCCGUACAACAUUCGUCAGCCAGUCUGGACAAGUGGUUUUUUCUUCACGUCUCAUUUUCCUUCAUUACGUAAGAACGUGGUUCUUGCUGGAUUUGCUGGCAGCCCUGCCCGUGGACCUACUUUAUAGCUUCAAAGUCAAUGUGUACUUUGGGGCCCACCUCCUGAAGACUGUGCGCUUGCUGAGAUUGCUUCGUCUUUUGCCCCGCCUAGAUCACUACUCUCAGUAUAGUGCUGUCGUCCUCAGCCUCCUCAUGGUUGUGUUUGCUCUCUUGGCACAUUGGGUUGCCUGCAUCUGGUACUUUAUUGGUCAGAAAGAGAUAGAGAGUAACCAAUCAGAAGUGCCGGAGAUUGGCUGGCUACAGGAGCUAGCGAGACGUUUGGAAACCCCAUACUAUCUGGGAAGGAAAAACAGCAGCCAGGAGAUACCUACUCAGGAUAAUUACAGUGAUGGGACCACCAAUGGGACAGGCAUGGUGUUAUUAGGGGGACCCUCCCCUCGAAGCUCUUACAUAACAUCCUUGUACUUCGCACUGAGCAGCCUGACAAGUGUCGGCUUUGGAAAUGUCUCUGCUAACACUGACACUGAGAAAAUCUUCUCUAUCUGUAUCAUGCUGAUUGGAGCUCUGAUGCAUGCUUUGGUGUUUGGAAAUGUGACAGCAAUAAUUCAGCGAAUGUAUGCAAGACGGUUCUUAUACCACAGCCGCACACGAGAUCUGAGAGAUUACAUCCGAAUUCAUGGAAUCCCCAAACCUCUCAAACAGCGCAUGCUGGAGUACGUGCAGACCACAUGGGCACUAAAUAAUGGCAUUGACACAAAUGAGCUCUUGCAUAGCCUUCCAGAUGAGCUGCGAGCUGACAUUGCCAUGCAUCUGAAUAAGGAGCUACUGCAGAUGCCACUGUUCGCCCUUGCAAGCCGAGGUUGCCUGCGGUCACUUUCACUGAACAUCAGACCUCUGUUUUGCACACCUGGGGAGUACCUUAUUCGACAGGGUGAUGCUUUGCAAGCCUUGUAUUGUAUCUGCUCUGGUUCCAUGGAGGUUCUCAAGGAUGGAGUGGUGUUGGCAAUUCUAGGGAAGGGUGACUUAAUGGGCUGCGAGAUCUCUUUUGAGGACAAGGUGAUUAAAGCCAAUGCAGAUGUCAAGGGAUUGACAUACUGUGACCUUCAAAGCAUUAGUCUAAGAGGCCUUCGGGACACACUGUCACUUUACCCUGAGUAUGCUCAGAAAUUCACAUGCCAGAUCACAAACCAGCUAAGCUACAACCUGGGGAGCAGCAGGUGUGAACAGGAGACAGACAUUCCCACCCAGCAGUCACAGAGCAAGGAAGAUUCCCAUGAUGGAGGGCCACAAGCUCUAGAUGUAAAUGCCUCAUUGCUCACCCCUAAAAAAUCCCCUCUCCUCAGCAUCUCCCCAUCCAGAUUUUCUAGCUGCAGCUCCCCACGCAGAGUGAAAGAAGUGACACCUAAACACGCACCUCGCAAGUUCAUUGCUAGUGAAUUACAGAUUCCCUAUAUGCCGUGCUCCAGACCAUCUGAAUUAAGCCCUAGGGUGGUAGAUGGUAUAGAAGAGAAUUCUUCACAGUUUAACUUUUAUACAAGCAACGCCUCAUCAGAAGCAUCAGAUAAUCUGUUAGUUAACACAGAACCUAAAGCUACUGAAAGCAUGGACCGACUCAGCCAGGCGGUAUCUGAUCUGUCAUGCCAGGUGCAGGAGUUGAGGGAAGGACUACAAUCGCUGCGUCACGCGGUUCACUUAUCCCUGAUGCCAUGCGCUGCCUCGCCCUGUUUCCCUGGAGGAGAUCUACACACACACUAUGGGAGCAGUGUACACUCUUCAGGGGACUCAUCAAGUAUGUGUUCUUCACUCUUCCAUCCUUCACGGAUUGACAAGUCCCCCCAAGUCUGUUACCUGCCCAGUUCUGCAAGUGCCUGUUCUGAGGGACACUUGUCGUGGGUUUGGGCUCCACCUACUCCUCUGUGGUUGCACUGCAAAGGAUAUGAACAGAGGGACUGUCCUAAUACACUUGCCAUGGAAGAGACAUGUAACAAAGUUGUCAGAAGAGACUGCAACAUUUCUGAUCCUCACUCACUAGAAAUGCACUUUCUCCUUCCUCAGAGAGAAACAGACAAAAGCUGCUGGCACGGGGAGGACAGGACUGGCUUGUAGCAAAUCAGUAUUAAGACAUUCUUAUAAACUUAAUGAAUCUUAUCUUCAGGGAACAUUUUCAAGAGAAACAAAAGAAGCACUUUAAAAUGUAAUGGAGGGAAAAAAGCACUUUGCACAAAUGUAUCUAAGUGCUUCAUUGUCAGCGAUCAUAAAGACCAUUUUACAUGGA